AAAACUUUUCAAAACGAGCUUUAUCAACAACAAUGUUUCAAAUUUCCUGAGACUUUUGUUACUAUGGAAAUGAAAGUUCUUGGAAAUUCUCAUCCUUGCAGGUAUAGUGGAACUUACUUUGAUCAUGAUGUCAUUUCUCAAGUGCCACUUAAAUCUAUUGGAGUUAAGAACUUUGUUUGUGCAGAAACUAAACAUCCUGAUUAUCCUCAUGUUAUAAACAAUGCAAUAUUUCAUUUUGAGUCAACAGAUAUUGCUCAUAAGUUUACCGAGAAUCUACUGACGUAA